CCGGCCCCGGCCCCGGCCCCGGCCGCCGUUGGAGAAGGCGGGGGUCUUUCUCCUCCAUUGCUGCUUCUGUGCAAGGGCUGCCACUGGCCUGAGGCGGAUCGGUAAAUUUCUUCCCUGGCUACGCGCAGAGGUUUCCCUGCAAGGCCGGCCGCUGCCAGUGGGAGAGCCGGCACCUAGUUGUGCAUAGCACCUGUGCCUUUUGCGUAUCCGAAGGCCGUUUGUUUUGCAGUGGACUGUAAAGUGCAAGGAAGGUUGGGAACUUGAUCCAAAAAAUGCAAGAGACCCUGAUCCUUUAUAAUUUCUUCUCAUUUACCAGGGAAUUCUAAGUACUGACUGCCACUACAUCUUCACAGAAUUACAGAAUGGUUUGGGUUGGAAGGGACGUUAAAGAUCAUCUUGCUGUGGUUAAGGUACCUCCAUCAUCUACCCUUCUUGAUGUGAAACACAAAUUUCACAAAGCAUGUCCCCAGUGGUACCCUUCCCGUGUUGGCCUGCAACUAGAACGCAAUGGGCCCUAUUUGAAGGAUUCCAUUAACAUUCAAAGCCUUGCAGUUUCCUCUAUCAUUACACUGUAUUUUACAGACCUGGGUCAGCAGGUCGGUUGGACCACGUUUUUUCUAACAGAAUACACCGGGCCUCUUCUAAUAUAUCUGCUCUUUUACAUUCGCCUCUCAACGAUUUAUGACCGAGUGGAAAGUGCGAAGAGCUUCCGCCACCCAGUGGUCCACUUGGCCUGCUUCUGCCAUUGCUUACAUUACAUCAGACAUCUUCUGGAGACAUUAUUUGUUCACAAGUUUUCAGGAGGGCAUACUCCUCUGAAAAAUAUGAUAAAGGGCUGUGCCUUUUACUGGGGAUUCACUUCCUGGAUUGCAUACUACAUCAACCAUCCACGAUAUACACCUCCAUCCUUUGGCCACAGACAAGUUUCUUUUGCCGCCCUUGCUUUUCUGAUGUGUGAAGCUGGAAAUCACUUUAUCAAUGUAACUUUAGCUCACCAAAAUCAUUCAGGAAGUAAAACCUGUUUUCCAAGUCCAACAUACAACCCCUUCACGUGGCUCUUCCUGCUGGUAUCCUGUCCCAACUAUACGUAUGAGGUUGGAUCUUGGAUUAGUUUCACAGUGAUGACACAAACACUGCCAGUUGGCAUUUUUGCUUUCCUGAUGGUCAUCCAGAUGUCUCUCUGGGCCCAAAAGAAACACAAGCUGUACCUGAAGAGAUUUUAUCCAGAGGUGCGGAGAAAAGCAGCUAUGAUUCCUAUCAUCUUCUAAGCUCUUCACAAGAGUUGGAGCCUAAGUGUAUGGUUCAAGAGCUAACUCAGAGUAAAUGAGCCAUUUCAUUCAGUAACCAAAUCAGAAGAAUAACUACUGGAUAUCUUUUUCAGAAAAUUAACAGUUCAAGAUGAGGAGCUUUUAAUUAAGUGAAAAAAUGUAGUUCUUGAAUUCUUGGUUCCUGCUAAAAGAUAUGAUUUAAUUAGAUUUUCUGUAAUGGAGCUAAUUGGGAAGGGACAAGAAAAUUGCUUAUAUUGAAUGCUAGGCUAGAUAUUUAGCUGGUGUAAAUGAGCACAGAUGCUGUUAAAAUUAACGAAUACAGCUCAUCUACAUGUAUUCAGGUCUGGUGAUUUUAAGGCUCAGUAUUAGAUGUUAAUGAGAGUCUUGGAUUUUUGCAUUGGAAGACGUUUCACAGGCUUAUUUUUAUUAAACUGCACAGAAGCAGCAUGUUCUGCCUCAGCUCCUCUAAAGCAUCACAUCAAAGAAUGACCGCUAUGCUGUUAACCACAGUUUAGUCUAGCUUUACAAGAUUUUUCUUUCUUUUUUUUUUUUUUUUUUUUUUUUUUUUUUAAAAAAAAUUAAUCUCAUAGAAAAUUGUUCAAUACAAAUUGGCUUAAACUGAUCACUGCAAAGAAGUCUGGCUUUCUUUUAUUUUCAGGUAGGCAGGUCAGCCUCAUAGUCCCAGAAGGGAACUGUUUGUGAGGUGCUUCCCAUCUUGCUACUAAUUUGCAGCAUGAUCUUGGGUAUAUCAUUUAAGUCCAUCCCCUUUCUCACAUUAAACAUUUCUGGGAAUAGCAGAAGACUUUCUGGACUAACAAGCAUGUUAAGAUCCCUUUGUUCAGUGACUGACUGCAUCCAGACACCAUUCACCUUACUCCUAUCAAGCACUGUGAAAUCCUUGGGUGUGAGGUGAACCAGAGUACAGCUCGUUAUCGAAAGGGAAAGGGAUUCUGCCAAAUGCAUUUCAGUCCAUAUCUAAACUGUCUCGAACACUGCUGAAAGGCUUCAGCUCCCCUUCAGUGUGAUCAGUCUUUAUGUGCUACUUUGCUUUCCAGGACAUUAUUUUUUAAAGGGGCUUUUUAUUCAGGUCCUGAAACCCCUAUCUACAUUUGCAAAUCAGUGGCAUCCAGAAGCGCAAUUUUAAUUACAGAGGGCAAAAGAACCAGAACUGCUUCAGCAAAUAUUAAGAUAUGGAGAGAUAGGGCAUUAAGUCCUCUUUUCAUUCUAUUUCUGUUGCACAUUUAUCAAUGUCUUUUGGUUUCCUUAGGCUGGUGAAAAAGCUUGCCUAAAGAAAUUUAAUCAUUAGAAAAACACUGGAGUACACAAGCAAGGCAGGCAGUUUGUCUCCUAAAGGCGCUAUUAUCUUUGUGCCCACUCAAGUGUUUGAGCAAAAUUAAUUUGCCCAGUAAAUUGGGUUCGUAUCCCUCUUCUAAUGUCUAACUAGCAACACUUAUCCUAUUAGCUACUGUAACUCAAUUUCAUCUUGGUAAUGUAAAUAAAUCACUUUUUUUAACUUGUAA